GGAGUCCCGGGCUGUGCGCAUGCUCACCUUCCCGCCGCGUCGCGUCCCUGGUUUCCAUGCGAGCGGCGGCCCGUGAGUGAUUGAGGCCCCGGUGUCGGUCCCGGUGUCGGGCCUCCGCCAUCGCCCAGCAGGUUGUUGAACAGACCAUGCUUGUCAGCUCAUGUGCCGUUGAUUCUCAGUGUGGCCGACCCUGACGCAACAGGGGAAUGCUCCAGACGGCAAAUUACAGCCUUGUGCUGUCACUGCAGUUCCUCUUGCUGGCCUACGACCUGUUUGUUAACUCUUUCUCCGAGCUUCUACGAGACGAUCUGGUCAAUGCCCUGGUGCUCUUCAUUGUUCAGGACAUCGGAAUCCUCUUCAAUAUUAUCAUAAUCUUCCUCAUGUUCUUCAACACCUUCAUCUUCCAAGCUGGGUUGGUCAAACUGCUGAUUCACAAGUUUAAAGGGACUAUUUUCAUCUCGAUUACCUACUUGGGGCUGACUAUUGGUUUUCACGUUUCACUUCUGAAAGUGCGAUGGUUGCUCCCCAGCUGGUAUUUGUGGACAGAUGCACUUCAGACAUUUUUCGCCUUCCAGCGGAUCACUGGUGUUUUAUAUUAUUAUUUCUACAAGAGAACCAUCAUCUCCCUCGGGGACCCUCGACUUUAUGAAGAUUCAGAAUGGCUCAGAAAAGAGUUCAUUCGUGUCCAAAAAUGAGAUCUUGUCAGCAUUGACUGUGGUUCACAGGGUGUGAUACCUUAACGGGAGCAGGCUACACACAGACAUGUUUUUACACAAAAGAAAGUGUCUUUUAUGGUUAAAGCCCAAUUUGUAACUUGAUGAGAUAUAAAAGUUUAUUUUAGCUAUCGUUCAGGACGGUGUGAAGGAGGAAUAUUUUUGGAGACUCUUCUGAUCUGUGCACACAUGUCGAAAAUUUUUAUUUUCUGAAUUUCAAGCAGUAAAAGGACAUCUUUGAUGCACAUUUCACUGUGAAAGCAGAGCGGUCACCCUGAUUGUUUCUAUGGCUAAAUGGGCGUUAACUUUGUGGAAUUCCAUUUAGCAAUUUUUAAUAUUUUUUUAAUUGAAUCCGAUGGUGUGAGGGCUUUGCUUUUAUUUUCUCGUAUCAGCUUUAGCCAAAUAUUAUAUCCCAAAUGAAGUAACUUCCAACUCAAAGAGGCCAUUUUCUGACGUUCAGGAAACAUUGCCUGAUGUAAUUGCAGACCACGGAAUCACUCCAGCCAACAAAAUUCUAUUGAAACAGACAGCAAUGGCCCCCAGAACAGGGCUGUAACAUGUCUGCCACCUCACGAGUUUCUGAUCGCUGCCACUGUAGUAAGGACUUGCACUUUCAUAGAGCCUUAUACACCAAAAGUCUCAACGCUUGUAACGGUUGUGACAUUUUUUGUAAAGUGGUUUCUAUCUUGCACUAGCCCUGUGAGAUUAAUGAUUGGUUAAUAUGAAGGACUUUGUGUGUCUAAAGGAGGCAAAGAGGCGUCAAUGAGUGUUCACAUGAGUGUUGCUCAUAUUGAGAGCUAAUGGGAAACGGGGUAUGGGAUGGAGGGGGUGAGUGCUUGGCUGAUAGCACCCUCUGAAAUGACACCAAGAUAUGGUGGGUCGGAUAUUUCUCCAGCUGCUGAUCUCGUGUCUGCGCUUGAUGAAUUGUACUGGUUUGAAUUUUGCUGUGUAUUUCAGCGAGGGUUGCAUGUAUAGUCCUCAGAUUUUUUUUUACAUUUUAUAUCUGAAUUAAAAUGAAAGCCAUUGGUAAGAUAGGCCUGCUCAGAUUUCCAAUUCAACGUUUUUAUUUAAAUUUGGGGCAGAAGUUUGUACCAUAUUGUAAACACUAACCUUGUCAUUACUUUGUAAUGAACACUUAUUGCCAUUUAAACCAAAAUGAUCGCGUGUAAUUUUGAUUGUAAGUUUGUUUUAAGUGUAGGAGAUGUAUUAUGAACACUUUUGUAAUUGUCCUUUUCUAGUAACGUUAUAAAAUUGUACUUUUGUAUUAAACGUUUGAAGAAAUCAGCAAACAAA